AUGAUGGAUUCCUUCAAAAUCGUUGAGCAUACAAUCGCGGGCCAACAUAUCCGGGAGCACCCUCACAGCGUGAGGGGGCGUCAAGAGGAUGUCCUGCAGCUGGCCAUCAAACAGUACAUCCCACUCGGCGACGCUCAUUCCAUCCCAGAUAAUGCGGUUACCGUCAUUGGAGUGCAUGGGAAUGGCACACCGAAGGAACUGUUUGAGCCCUUCUGGGAACAUCUGUAUGCCCACUUGAAAAGGUGCUCUGUGCCGCUACGCGCAAUUUGGAUCGCCGAUGUCUCCAACCAAGGCGCUAGUGGUGUACUGAAUGAAGCUGUGCAGGGAGAUACCACUCCUUGGUAUGACCACUCGCGUGAUCUCUUGCAUAUGGUCAACCACUUUCGUGAUGAGAUGCCUCGGCCAAUGAUUGGGGUUGCGCAUAGUAUGGGCUGUAACCAAUUGUUUGUGACCACAUCAACCCCUAGGAACUUGACAAUCCUUUUACUCAUAAUUCCAUUCAGAGUCCACCUCUCCAUCCUUCAUCCACGUCUUCUCUCAACCCUCAUCCUCUACGAACCAAUCAUUUUCGAAACAGGUUGGGGGCCCAUGAAUCCCGCAAAACUUGUCUCAAGAAGACAAGAUCUCUGGGAAACUCGUGAAAAAGCAGAAACCGCCUUGCGCAAAAUGUUUCAGAAGUGGAAUCCCCGCGUCGUGGAUCGCCUCGUCCAAUUCGGGAUACGGCCUCUUCCGACUAAAUUAUAUAACAAAAACAUAAAUCCUAAUCUGCCUACCUCGGCUGUAACACUGACAACCACCAGACACCAGGAAUCAUGGUCCUACACCAUCCCCAACUUGGAACCCGAGUCUGCAGGGCUGGAUCGCCUCUUAUUGCCGGACUGGGAUACAGAAACAGAGCGCCCGUAUAAAUUCGGUCGACCGGAGGUAUGGUCCUGUAUGAGGAACCUCCCCUUUGUCCGACCGAGUGUACUCCUGGCUUUUGGUAGUCGUAGCUAUCUCUCGCCGCCAGAUGAGCGAGCUGCCAAACUUCGAAAGACAGGGAUCGGUGCUGGGGGAAGUGGCGGUGCUGCACAAGGAAUGGUUGAGCAGCAUGUUUUUGAAGGAGCUUCACAUACACUUGUGUUUGAGCAGAUUGAUGAGAGCACGGAUGUGGCGGCGGAUUGGAUUCGGCGGUGGUUCCAGGGUUGGCUGGCCGAUGAAAAUAUCCUGGCUGAAUAUCAGAGUAAGAGGUCUGUUAUGGAUAUGACGAAAGCAUCUGAGGCAAGUGUUCAGACGUCUCUUGUGCAAACUGGGACCAAGAGACCAAAUGCGAAGUUAUAG